CUCAACAUUCGAUGUUUAUUUUUAGAUUCAUAAUUUAGAAUGAGAAUGUGUAUAAAUUGAUUUAAUUUUUAAGAAUAAAAGUGUAUGUAAAGAUAUGUCUCGUGUAUUCAUAAAAUUAGUAUAAAUAUGAAUACAUUUUUACCGGUUGAAGGAUAUGUGUAGGCUGGGAUACAGGGGUUCAUAAACUAAAAGGUACUGUACCAAAUACAGUGCAACAGAUACUAGUUACAAGAAAGAAAUCUAAAAGUUGUUAGAAAGGAAAACAAAAUCAAAAUCUUUAAACAGUAAAUUACGUGCAUACUGUCCUUUUCCCUCUCCCCAUAAUCAUUCCAACACUCUUUAAAAAGAGCUACCUCCUCUUCCCAUAUUCAUUCCAAACUUCACUACUUGUCUCAUCAUAAAAAAUAAAAAAAUAAAAAAAAUGUCUUCUUCUUCUUCCACACCAUUGUCAUCAGAUAAUCAUAAUAACAACCACCAAUUACCAUUUGGUAUGUUCGAACCAAUCCGCACACCAACAGGCUAUUCUUGGUUACAACGUAACACAGCCAUAUGUCAGCCUAGUGAGAAGCGGGGCCGCCGUAAGCAGGCUGAGCCGGGGCGGUUCCUCGGGGUUAGACGGAGGCCAUGGGGUCGUUACGCAGCGGAAAUACGUGACCCCACAACGAAAGAAAGGCAUUGGCUUGGCACAUUUGACACUGCUCAAGAAGCUGCUCUGGCUUAUGAUAGAGCUGCACUUUCUAUGAAAGGCACUCAAGCAAGAACUAAUUUUAUUUACACAACUGAUACUGCUAAUACUAAUUUCCCUUCACUUAUUUCUACUCCUUUUGAUGUCCAAAACUUGUUGCAUCCUAAUUCAUCACACUUCAACUUCAAUACUACUACUCAAAGUAACAACAAUAUCAUCAAGAACAAGAAUAUUGUGACUACCACUACCACCACUACUUCUGAUAGUAAUGAGUCAUCUUCAUAUGGUUCAUCACCAAAUGAGAACAAUAGCUUCUUUUCUAGUGAUUUUAAUAAUAAUAAUAAUAAUAAUAACACUAAUUCAGGUUACUUGUUAGAUUGCAUAGUUCCUGAUAGCUGCUUGAAACCACCACCUUCUUCUACUACUAAAACUUGCCAGGAAAACAAUGAUCAUGAAAACAUGAUGACUAGUUUCAAUUCCAUUGAUGGUAUGGUAUCUGAGAAAUUUUCAUUCGACGGUGGAUUUUUGGAUGAAGAGAAGUACAUGUCAUCGUCAUGGGAGAAUUCAUGUGAUGAGUUGUCAGCCAUGAUGAACAACAAUCAAAUGCUGGAUGUGGGAAAUUGCUAUUAUCCAAGCAUGGAGAAUGCAGCCUCUGAUAAUAAUAAUAAUAAUGAUCAGUUGAUGAUGAUGCCUACUGAAACUCCUACUACUUCCUCUACUGUUUUUCAACCUUUUGGUGAUGUGGAGUUUGGAUACACUACUCUCUUUUGAUAUAUUUGCAGCUUCAUUCAAUGUAAUACCAUCUAUGUACUUUUUUGCCUCCCUAAUUAAUUCUCCUUUGCCACCCUAAU